AUGAUUCACGCGUUUGCCCCCAACUCUCACGCUACCGCGACACGACUCAAGGACCCUCCUUGGAACAACAUCUGUCAACAACCCACGCUCAUUGCCAGUCGUCCACAUUACGCCAAGCGUGCUUCUCAUUCAACGACACAACUACAGCAAUGCAUUCAAAACGUCCUCAACGUGUUAGACGAUCGUGCCAUUGUCUUGACUCUCUCUGCCAACUUUGCUUCGGCCCUUCGAGAUGCGUCUGCCAUGCAAGAACUCGCGCCAUUGUCACCUCUUGGCUAUUUACGUGCAGUCGCCAUUUACAGCGAACAAGGUAGACAACGAGCUGUUGUGAAUGUUUGCAACAAGGGACUCAGUGUUGUUGAUACCAAGGGUCCUGGAUACAGCAAGCUUGAAGAGGCCAAAACGGUUGCCAUGCAACGUGACGCCUGUCGCGUUGACUUUGUCGGCCAACUCCCACUUGAGAUGGUGAUGGAUGUGCUUUUCCCGAUGUUGGGUUAUGAUGGAAGAUUGGACGGCAAGAAGGGAUGUCCCUAUUUGGAUGUGUCAAAGACGUGGUUGGACCGUGCCCUUCAGACAGCUGGAGGAGGAUUGCAUUUCAACAUAGCCGACCAGUGCUCCAUCACCGAGGCUGUUCGAUAUGCUCAGCAUACAAAGACAAUACACAUUGAAAACAGCUCUCAGGGAUUAUGGCUAUGUUAUUUCUUUCAGAAGCGUGCAAACUUUUGCUCUUUACAGGAGUUGACGAUUAAAGGUCUCAAGGGUUACACCGCUUUGCAUGACCUUGUUUCAUCAUUUAAAGCCGUCAGCAAUACUUUGACUCAUUUGACUAUUUGGAAACCGACCAUGGGAGCAUUUCAGCCAAUACAUCCUCUACAUGUAGCAGACAUCUUGAUCAAUUGCCCCCAUUUGGUGAUGUUGGAUAUUGUUUAUCGAUUCGAUGCCGACUUCAGCGCUGUCCCAUUGACAAAAACAUGGCCGCAACUCACAACUUUAUCACUGAACUGUCGAAACAGCGUCAUUUUCAAUGGCCAAUUCGUGGAAAUCUUGAAACGACUUCCUUCACUCAAAAAGCUUAUGCUUACUGCAUGCAUUGAAACACAACCCAUGACAAUGAUCCAACACUAUUACCCUUCCAUGAUAGCUCUGCAACUCAAGGCAAAAUACAAAUCCGCAUCAUCAUCAUCAUCAUCAGAACGACUUGAACAGCAACAUCAGGAUCGGUGGAUGAGAGCAGGACGUGGUGGAUUGGAGGAAAUAUCGUUUUCAGGAGAUACACGAGACGGCGACACUUGGAUACACAUGAAGCGCAAUAUGCUACAGCAACAUCACAAUCUUGUUCACCUCGAGUUGAAUUUGGAUUAUGCUGGCAAUAAUGAUGAUGACCUUUUCAACGUGGAAUUUCCUUGUCUUAAAACACUCGCUCUUCAAUGUCGUGGUUCGAGCAAUGCUUGCUUUGGAUGGUGGAUUAUGGGGAAGGCACCGCUUCUUGAGGAAUUGAGCAUUACUACAUGGGCUAUUGAAUCGUAUCCUGCCCUAGACGAUUUCACACCACCACACUCUCUAAGGAAACUAGUAAUGAAUGUACGUCAUACCGGCACACAUGAUCGCCCCAUGGCGAUCGAGGGAUUCCUCCACCAGUUUUCGCAACAAAAGGAAAAGUCUUCUCUAAAGGAGCUCAAGAUACAUUACGAUGAUGGCAAUCGGGAAAUUCCUGUCACCCAUGUUGCUGCUAUUUGCAGUUUGAGAACCGUUCAGCAUUUGACAAUAUCGUAUUCCCUACUAUGGAAGCAAUCGAAAAUGGAUUAUUUUACAAAGAUGCUUGCGGAAGGCUGCCCAAAUUUAAUAUCUCUUGAAUUGAUUGGCCCCGGGCAUCCGUCUGCUUAUGCGAUCAAUCUCUUGAAACGUCUUCAACAUUUGCGUCACCUCGCUUUUCACAUGGAUAGCACUGAUCAAUAUCGCGACUUUUGGUAUGCUUUUCGAACAUUUCCACAGCUCAAGUUUAUUCGGAUCCUCUCAGCGGGUGGUAUGGCGAAUCCCGAGUUUGUCAGCUAUCUCAAAGGUCUCAGACCGGAUAUCAAAGUUACGACUUAA